UGAAGAAGAUUCAAUAUCUUCACAAAUUACCCAGAGAGAUGAUACUAACAAUAUCAACAGAAAUGCAAUUUUUGAUGUAGCUGAAUCACAAUGUAUGAUCUUAUACCUUUAAUGCCAUGCAAGUAUUGUGGAGCUGUUCUUUGGUAUCAAGAGAGAUUUGAAAAGACAAGAGAUUCUACUUCUCCAGACUUCUCUAUAUGUUGUAUGAAAGGGAAAAUUAUGCUACCUUAUUUGGCGGACUCCCCAUUAUUAUUGUACAACUUGCUCACAGGUAUUGAUCCUAGGAGUCGUCAUUUUUUGGAGAACAUUAGAUCUUAUAAUAGCAUGUUUGCCUUCACCUCAAUUGGUGGUAAAGUUGAUUGUGGUUUGAAUGAUGGUCGUGGACCUCCUCAAUUUGUUAUAAGUGGCCAAAAUUAUCAUCGAAUUGGCAGUUUACUUCCAUCCGAAGGUGAUAAUCCAAAAUUUGCUCAAUUGUACAUAUAUGAUACGAGGAAUGAGAUCCAUAACAGAAUGAAGCAUUUUAGUGAUUAUGAUGGUAAAUGCAAUCUUGAGCCUGGUUUAGUGGUGGACUUGCUUAAGAUGGUUGAUGACCACAAUGUUUUAGCCAAGUCAUUUAGAAGUGUAAGAGAUCAUGUUGAAGAAUUUGAUUCCAAUGAGGUUGCUUUAAGGUUAUUUAGGAAUCGUGUUAAUGAUUCCAAUACAUACAAUCUCCCAAGCGUAGAUGAAGUUGCUGCUUUAAUUGUUGGUGAUUUUGAUAGUUCUGACUGUGGUCGUGAUGUUAUUCUACGCUCAACAAGUGGUAAGUUAGAAAGAAUCUUUGAGACUCAUUCAUCAUUUUUGCCCUUACAAUAUCCAUUGUUGUUCCCAUAUGGGGAGGGAGGAUUUUCAAAUGAAAUUGAGUUUGGUGGCGUUAACUUCAAUAGUGAAAUCUACAAGCGAGAGAACAUGUCAAUGCGUGAAUGGGUUUCAUUUAGGCUUCAGGAAAGACAAUUUGAGUGCAGGAGAAUAACAUUGUCUCGGCGUUUGCUGCAACAAUUUGUUGUUGAUUGCUACUCAAUGAUUGAAUCCAAUAGGUUGCAUUACAUAAGGUACAAUCAGGACACUAUUCGUAGAGAUUUUUUAUCAGGGAUUGAGGACGCUAUUACUCGUGGUGAUACUGAUGCCUCAACAGUUGGCUCUAGAAUAUUCCUUCCUUCAUCUUUUACUGGGGGUAGGCGGUAUAUGUUUGAUAAUUGCCAAGAUGCUAUGGCUAUUUGUGGAACUUACGGAUAUCCUGAUUUGUUUCUUACAAUGACAUGCAAUCCUAAGUGGCCUGAGAUUGAUCGGCAUGUUUCAAGAUAUUUUUUGUCAGCGUAUGAUCGUCCAGAUAUAUCAUGUCGAGUCUUUCGUAUGAAAUUGGCGCAACUAAUGACAGAUCUCAAGAAAGGAGAGUUUUUUGGGAAGGUCAUUGCUGGUAUGUAUAGCAUUGAAUUUCAGAAGAGAGGUUUACCACAUGCUCACAUUUUGUUGUGGCUUGGUCCUGGGGACAAGCUUAAAACUACUGAAAUGAUAGACUCGGUUAUAUGUGCUGAGCUACCAGAUCCUGAUCUCUACCCUGAAUUGUUUGAUUGUGUGUCAAAUUAUAUGGUUCAUGGACCUUGUGGACUAAGUAGGAAGGAAUCUCCUUGCAUGAAGAAUGACCGGAGGAGGAACACUGGGAUUUCAACCAACAGAAGGGGAGUUGAUUUAGACAAUGGUUUUGUUGUGCCAUACAAUCCCAAACUGCUUAUGAAAUACCAAGCUCAUAUCAACAUUGAGUAUUGCAAUAAGUCAAACUCUAUAAAAUACCUGUUCAAAUAUGUACACAAAGGAGUUGAUAGAGUAACAAUGUCUAUGUCUGCUGGUAAAAAUAAUCAUGAUCAGAAAGCUGAAGUGAAUGAAAUCAAACAAUAUUUUGAUUGUAGAUACUUGUCUCCAUGUGAAGCUGCAUGGAGAAUUUUCAAAUUUGAAAUCCACCAUAAAUGGCCACAUGUUCAGAAACUCACGUACCAUUUACCUAGGAAGCAAGUUGUUUUGUUUAAGGAAAAUCAAUCAAUCGAAGAGGUACUUAAGAAGAACGAAGUUAAGAACAGCAUGUUCCUAGCGUGGAUGGAGGCCAAUUCUAAGUAUCCGGAGGGUAGAGAGCUAACAUAUGUUCAGUUUCCAGGAUCAUUUGUUUAUGAUCCGAGUAGCAGAUCAUGGCAUCCGAGGAAACAGGGUUUGACUAUUGGGCGAAUAAAUUUUGUGCCCCCUGGUUCAGGUGAAUUAUAUUACUUGAGGUUGUUGUUGAAUGUGCAAAGAGGUUGUACAAGCUUUGAAGAUUUGAGAUCAGUUAAGAGUAAUGUACAUGACAGUUUCCGUGAUGCAUGUGUCUCAUUGGGGUUGUUGAAGGAUGAUGGUGAGUAUAUUAAUGGUAUAUUGGAUGUGGGAACCAUAUCUUCGGGAUUAUAUUGUAGAGGCUUAUUUGUUUCAUUCCUAUUAGCAAAUUCCAUGUCUAAUCCCCUCAAGGUAUGGAAGGAAACUUGGCAUGUACUGGUUGAUGGAAUCCUUUAUGAUUUACGAAAGAAACAUAAUAAUAAAGAAUUGAAUAUUGAUGAGGAAGAAUUGAAGGGUUUGUGCUUAAUGGAGAUAGAGAAAGUGUUGAUGGUAAAUGGAAGAUCAUUGAAAGAUUACUCUAACAUGCCACAAGUUGAUCCUAAUAUUCUGAACCAGUAUGGUAAUGUUCUAUUAUUCAAUGAGCUUAACUUUGAUAUUAUUGAGAUGAAGAAAUUGCACCUUGAUUUUUUCAAUAAGAUGAAUAGUGGGCAAGCUAAGGUAUACGAUGAGAUUAUUUCUACGGUGAAUAAGGAUAAUGGCGGUUUUUUCUUUGUUAAUGGUCAUGGUGGAACUGGCAAAACAUUUUUAUGGAAAACAUUGACUUACAGGCUUAGAUCAGAGAAAAAAAUUAUAUUGAACGUUGCUUCAAGUGGCAUAGCUUCUUUGUUACUACCUGGUGGUCGAACCGCACAUUCACUUUUUUGCAUUCCGCUUAAUGUUAAUGAAGAUUCAUGUUGUGGGAUUGUUCAAGGUAGUCCAAAAGCUGAGUUACUUCAGUUAACCAGUUUGAUUAUUUGGGAUGAAGCACCAAUGGUUAGUAGAUAUGCGUUUGAAGCAUUGGACAAGUCAUUGAGAGAUAUCAUGAGAGUCAUUGAUCCCGAAAACUUUGAUCUACCAUUUGGGGGCAAAGUUGUUGUCCUAGGUGGCGAUUUUAGACAAAUUUUACCAGUUAUUCCCAAGGGUAGUAGAGCUGAGGUUGUUAUGGCUACCAUCAAUUCAUCCCGCUUGUGGAGAUUUUGCAAGGUUCUCACAUUAACAGAAAACAUGCGUUUGCUUGGUAACUUGAACAAUCUUGAGGUUGAAGAGGUUAAGUAUUUUGCCAAAUGGGUUCUUGAUGUUGGAGAUGGUAAUUUAGGAGACUAUAAUGAUGGUGAAUCUUUUAUAAAAGUGCAUGAGGAAACAUUGAUCCAACAGUCAUCCAAUCCUGUGUUUGAUAUUGUACAAACUAUGUUUCCCAAUAUUCUUCAGAAGAUUGGAUGUGCUGAGUAUUAUCAAGACAAGGCUAUACUUGCUCCUACAUUGGAUGCAGUUGAUAUGGUUAAUAAAUAUGUGUUGUCACUAUUUCCUGGUGAGGGGACGACCUAUUUAAGCUCUGAUUCAGUAUGGGGUAUCGAUGAAGAGCUUAGCAUUGAAGCUGAUUGGUUGACAACUGAAUUUCUUAAUGAUAUCAAGUGUUCUGGUAUUCCAGAUCAUGAGUUGGUGUUGAAGAUAGGAACUCCUGUGAUGCUCAUGCGAAAUCUAGAUAUAUCUACUGGAUUAUGCAAUGGAACUAGGCUUAUUGUUAACCAUCUUCGUCCAAAUGUUGUUGGAGGUAUUGUCAUCUCUGGCACACAUGCUGGUAGGCAAACUUUCAUUGGUAGGAUGAACAUGAUUCCAAGUGAUCAGAGUAUGCCCAUUAGGUUUCAAAGAAGACAAUUUCCUCUUCUUGUCUCAUUUGCCAUGACUAUUAAUAAGAGCCAAGGUCAAACACUAUCAUAUGUUGGUGUUUAUUUGCCAAGUCCUGUUUUUUCACAUGGGCAGUUGUAUGUUGCUGUUUCUCGUGUGAAGACGAGAUCUGGUUUGAAGAUCCUAAUAUGCAACGAGGAUGUUAGGGAACGAGAUGUAACAAAAAACAUUGUUUAUAAGGAGGUUUUUCAAAAAAUCUACAAUUGA